GCAGCGUCUGUCAGGAGAUAGCUGGGUGGCAGGGAAAGGGGGACAGAGGGGGGCUUUUCGCUUCGGCCACCUGAAAGCCAUGUAAGAUCUUUGGCUUAAAAGAGAAAAAUACAGAAACAAUUCGCCUCAAUAGUUCAGGGAAAUCUGUGAAGCAAAUCUAAAAAGUUAGCCUAUUUAUCAACGGAUCUGCUUAGAAGACUUAAAGAGGAAAAUAAGGACUGAGUGGACACUGGAGUUUUCUGGAAACGCUUGAAGAAAUCUGAAGAAGUUCAGGUUGGAUGUCAACUGCAGGAGCUCUCACACUGACGGAGCGUCUGUCUGUCUUCACCGAGGUAGCACAUAAAAAGCCCGCACCCCUAAAAGCAACAGCUCUUCUGCCUGCUGGAGUAGUUGGGGCCGCGGCGCGUCAUGAGCGGGGGUCGCUUCGAGUUUGAUGACGGCGGGGCUUACUGCGGAGGAUGGGAGGGGGGCAAGGCGCACGGCCACGGCAUCUGCACGGGCCCCAAGGGCCAGGGAGAGUACUCCGGCUCCUGGAACUACGGCUUCGAGGUGGUGGGGGUCUACACGUGGCCCAGCGGGAACACCUACGAGGGCUACUGGUCGCAGGGGAAGCGCCACGGACUGGGAGUGGAGAGCAAAGGGCACUGGAUUUACAAAGGGGAAUGGACGCACGGCUUCAAAGGGAGGUAUGGCACGCGCGUGAGCGUGGGCAGCGGCGCAAAAUAUGAGGGGACGUGGAAUAACGGGCUGCAGGAUGGAUACGGAACAGAAACCUACGCGGAUGGAGGUACUUUCCAGGGUCAGUUCACUGGUGGGAUGCGACACGGCUAUGGUGUCCGUCAGAGCGUCCCGUACGGCAUGGCGGCUGUUGUCCGUUCGCCUCUUCGCACCUCCUUGACUUCACUGCGCAGUGAGCACAGCAAUGGCACCGUCCUGCAGCAGGACAUCCCGGUCAUCACCACCACCAACACCUCAGGUGAGGAAACGCCCGUUGCCACGCCAACCCACUUGGGACCAUCCCGCGGAGGCUUCGCCCUGACUCUCCAGGUGGAUCCAGAGGCAGUGAAACCAAAGAAGAAGGGCCUGUUUCGCAGGAGCUCCCUCCUUGGAAAGCUGAAGAAGUCCGACUCCAGUGUGUCGCUGUCCAGCCAGAAGAGCAAGACCAGCUUCCUGAGGCCAGAUUCAGCGCUCAGUUCCAACGCCAGCGACACAAAUUCCACCAUCAGUGGGGAUGAAAGCCUGCUGGGAGUUGAGGAUUUCCCCCCAGUGGAGUCCGACAUUGAUGCCACGACCACAGAGGUCUACAUGGGAGAGUGGAAGAACGACAAGCGCUCAGGAUACGGAAUAAGCGAAAGAUCUAGUGGCCUGAAGUACGAGGGGGAGUGGCUUAACAACCAGCGACAUGGCUAUGGCUGCACCACAUUUGCUGAAGGAGGAAAAGAGGAAGGCAAGUACAUGAACAACAUGCUGGUGAAGGCUAUGAAGAAGAGGAUGAUCCAGCUGAAAGGAAACAAAAUCAAGCAGAAGGUGGAGCGUGCAGUGGAAGGAGCUCAGAGGGCUGCAGCCAUCGCCAAGCAGAAGGCAGAGAUCGCUGCUUCCAGGACAACCCAUGCCAAAGCCAAGUCAGAUGGGGCUGAACAGGCCGCUCACGCCGCCAACGGUGAGUCCAGCAUCGCCAGACUGGUCGCCAAAGAGCUUUCCCCUUCCUUCUACCAGCCAGGACCUGAAUAUCUAAAGAAGAAAGUGUUGCAGGACGCCAUUGAGGACACGGAGAAUGCUGACACGGUCAUGCAUGAGCCCCUUCUGGCUGAAGAGGAGCCUCUGCCAACACCCCCCGAAAGCCCACUUCUGAAUGAACUGGACCGGCUCAUGCCGGGCUCCUCCCCGGGCCGCACCCCAUCCCCAAGUCCAGCCAUCGCCAACAAGGAGGACCCCAAACUCCUCAGUCCAAAAAGCAUCACUGAAGACAGAUCUGUGAAACAGGGAAGCACAAAAGAUGCUGGCAAACCCAACAGCACACCCUCAAGCCGCCCCACCACCCCUGCGACCGCAGUUCCUCCACCUGCACUGGCUCCACCUGAAGGUGAGGGGGCCCCCGGCAGUCGCGGCCCCUCCCGUUCCCCCAGUCGUCACAGCAACAAGAAUGAGCAGGGCUCUGAGCUAGAGAUUAAGCCACUGCAGAAAUUUGACUCUGAAGCCAAGGCUCCAGACCUGCCCCCAGCCCCCGCUGCCCCCACAACCAACAGCCUCAUUCUGCCAGAUGAAGAAGAAGAAGAAGAAGCACCGCAGCACCGCAAGCUGUCCAAAGCUGCCACCCCUGAGCCUAAAGCUCCAGAGGCAAAGCCCGAAAGAGCCCCUUCAGUCCAAGAACGCUCACCAUCCACCCUGGAGAAAAAAGCCCCAUCUAGGGAAGGAAGUAGGCCCCCGAGCAAGGCAGAGACCAGGCUGCUGCCAAAACGACAACCUAGCCCAGCUCCAAUCCCAAAAGCUUCUCUGAAUGUGGAACCCAAAACAAUUACAAAGCAGGUGGAGGCCAAAAUCAUUGCUGCUAAACCAAUCCUGAAGCCUGUGGUGUCUGAUUCAUGUGUGGAGGGAGCUGCAGAGGCUUCAGAUCUGGAGGGGCCAAACACUAUUAUGGUCUGCAUGGUAAUCCUGCUCAACAUCGGCCUGGCUAUUCUCUUCGUCCACAUUUUGUCAUGAGACAUUGUCCGUCCUAUCAGGUAUCCGGUGCUGCUGGGAAGAGAUGCUGUUUGCUCCUCCUCUGUAAGGACUGGAGAUGGGAGACGCCAUCAAUGGUGAACAGGAGCCUCCUGCAGGCUGCUGCAGGUGUGGGUGUCACCCAUCCAUCUUCCCAGAGAUUAAAGACACCGAUGGACAUUAAAGAACUGAGAGCUCCUCUGUGCUUCUGGUUGUUUUGUAGAAAUCAGAUGGAGCUGGCGCUGUUUUUUUCAUGCAUCACGUUUCUGUAUGGCUUUCAUCAGAGCCUGUAAUCUUCUCAGAUCAACUGGCUCUGACGAUGUUUUGUUUUUUUUCCACACCAGGCCCUCUUAUUUUAUGUGCAUCUGUGCAAGUUCAAACAGCUUUUUCUCUGCAAUAUCCUUUCAGCUAAGACUGUUCACUCUUUUUCCAAAUACUUUUUGUAUGCGUUAAAUAACUGCUAAAGAUUGGUUUAGAGAUAUGUUGACAAAGUGCCAGAACAGCUGCUUUUCUGCUUGUGAAAUCCUGUAAGACCAGGCUGUGAAAUGAUCUCACAGAUGUUCAUGCAUGAACAUGCAAGAUGCAGCUUUUGUUACAGGUAAACAAAGACACUGCUUUUGCUAGGGGCGUGUGUGUUAAUGUGGUGUCACAACAGGAGUUCACAGCUAUAAAUGUGCAGUAAAGCGAGGGGGAUGACAUUUCUGCCAAAGCAGUCAUUGUGUAUCUUAGUGAGGAUGCUGAAGGUCUAAACAGGAAGCAGGAAGUGCGGUGGAUGGACUGGUGAGGAGACAGCAGUUUCAGUGCUCAAAUCUCUCCAACAGGGCAUUUUAUUUAGGGCCCAUUGAGAUUAAACUUUUGUGAAUGUACACUUGUAUGCAUUCUUAAGCCAGCCCAAGAAUAAAGUCUGCAAGCAUCUCUAAAUUUCAGACACUUUAGUGAGAUGGAGAAUCCUUGAGAUUUACUUAACUCCAUGUCUUACAUUAGUUUUAAUGUUUAAGAUUUCUUUUUUAUGUCAUCACGUGAUACCACAUGAUCAAGGUGAUUAAAAUGUGUCAGUCGGUGCACCAAGGAGGCCGUUUGUUCAGUUAUGAAGAUUGAUUAAACACGUCACUGCUGGGUCAAAUAAAGUUCAACUCUCCUCCAAAGGUGAA